CAAAUUCCCUUUCCCCCUCUUCCCUCCUCCCUUAGCUUACUUCCCCUCUUCCCAACUCUCGUCUCCAUCCCUCUUCAGGUUCUGCUUCUCUGCCUCCCCCCCCCCCCCGGCUGUUUUCCUCUUCUCUUCCUCCAAGAAUUUUUCUUGGGUUCUUCGAGCUACUGGGUCUAGAUUCCGACCCCAAAGUUUCAUAACCCGUCUGCGUAAUUCCGCGUUCUCGCUGCUGUUUCCCUCGGGUUAGCAGAGAUACCCCACUGUUGGGUGUGGAAGAAACUUUGGAACUCUCUAUUUAUUAUUUAUAGGGGAAACUCCGCCCAAUUCUUCUCUAAAAACUCGUCUCUUUCGUGGCCGAGUACUGAGGAAAAAACCCAUCAUCAAAAUCUGGGUGGUGUUGGGUUCGGUUUCCCUUCUUUUCCUUCUAGUUCGACUUAAAAUUUUCACAUGCAGCAUCUCUUCCUGUUGAUGUUUCUGAUUGAUGCCGCCUAUCCCAAGUGAAAUCCUCCUCUCCGAGUUUAUGAUAAAUUCCAGAUUCAGACGCCCGACCCAUCUCGUUCAAUCCUUCUCCGUUGUCUUCCUGUACUGGUUCUAUGUGUUCUCAUAAGGCUCUUCUUCUAACAUCUCAACACUCGGGCCCUGUCCAUUUUUUCAUCUACAUACUCUCCUAAUAUUACUAUUUUCUCCAUAUAAGAACUCAUCUUGUUCUGUCUCCACGAUUCAGCUAAAAUUCCGUCUAAGAAAGAUCCAGCAGUACUGGUAAAAAGAAAAAGGAACUACUAAAGAUCUAACUCGCCGUCACUAGCUCUGUGUGUUUGGUGUGAGAACCGGUAUGAGUAUGACUUCUUCCAGUGGGACUUCUUCUGGAUCAUCGGGCCUGCUGCUUCCGGGGUCCGAAGCGGCGGCGUUCGAUCAGAAGAAGCAGAAGCGGAUGCUGUCGAACCGGGAGUCGGCUCGGCGAUCCCGAAUGCGGAAGCAGAAGCAUCUGGACGAUCUGAGGACCCAGGUGAGCCAGCUGAGGCAGCAGGGCGGCCGCAUCCUCGCAGCUCUAAACCACACCACCAAGCAGUACGUGGGUGUGGAGACUGAGAACUCUGUGCUCAGGACUCAGAUGAUGGAGCUCACUUCCAGACUGAACUCCCUCCAUGAGAUCCUCCACUUCUUGAAUGGAGGAGACUUGAGCAGCAGCCAUGGGCUGCUUUCGGCGUGUGAGGGGCCUCAGAUCGCUGAUGGAUUCGGCAAUCCUUGCAACUCUGUGUAUAUGAGCCAGCCCAUCAUGGCCUCAGCGGACAUGCUCCAAUACUACUACUAGGUGCACAUUCGUGAAGGUCCUGGUUUUGUAAAAUAUGGACUUUUGUUUAGUGUCGUUUGUGUGAUUGGUGUGGGAGAAGGACGAGAUAUUGUUAGCUUUAAGAGCUUUUUUAUGGGCCCAGAGAGGUGUAAAGGUGGAAGGGUGUGACACCACCAAGUAUGUGGUAGAUGGACGUGCUUGUAGACGGAAAGUUCAGUUUGUUUACUAGAUGAUGGUUUGCUUGUGAACUAUUACUUCGAA